UUCUGGGUUGGCUUGGGUCGUAAGUCCUAAGAUGGGGGCCGUCCUUCCCUGGGGGCAGGGACGUAGGGAACCAGGCGGUGGGGAGGGAGGAAGGAGCGACGAGGUCAGAGGAAACCUUGGGUUUCCAAGGCUCCUGGGGCACCAAAGGGCUUCCCGCAGUCGGGGAAUUGAGCCCUGGGGAGGAGCCUUUUGCGAGAACGUGAGCGCGCCCCAACACGCCUCAGACCUCGUAAACCCACUUGGCAAAGACCGGGGAAGCGGCUGGCGCACCGACUGCGGUGAACUCAAGAAAUUAACCUGUGCUGCAAUUAAACGGGCUGCCGCCCUUUCACACUCACCUCGAGCGACCGAGAUAGAGAGAGCUCCCGAACCGGCCGCGGGGGGACCUGGCUCCACCCUCCCGUCCCAGGAGAAGAGGACAAAAAGGGGAGAUGGACUUGGAGUGGCCCCGCCCUUCACAACGCUCCAAUCCUUGGAAACCAAACCUCCUCUCCAAGCCUCCACGUCUAGAAGGGACAAAGACAGCGAGGAGAUCCAGAGACCAACGGGGAGAUGGUGGCUUUCAGGCUUCUGGUGUGGGUGCGUGGGGGAAAGGUACAAUGGUUAAGUUUCCAUCCCAAAUACGGCACCACACGAUGGUCUUUAGAAGACACACUCGGUCUUUGGUUUAGAAGCAAAUUGACUUCCUGAAGCUGUGAAGCGAACUAUCGCAAAACUCUCUUGCUUUUUGAAUGUGGGGGCGAUACGAAUUCAAUUAAUGAUGCCAUACACAUCAUCUUUUCGACUUUUUAGAAGUCACAAACGCUUUAACUCCCCAGUGAAAAUAAUUGAAAGAGGUUAAACAUAAAGGGAAUGGGCUUUUCUUUUUUCUUGUUUUUAUUUGGGGCAAUUUUUCAAAUGAUUAAAAAAAAAACUGUAUAAAAGCUGGGUCAGUCAAGGAAAGCGCUGUGGCCGAAGGUUUUCGUGAAAACCUUAGUAAACUUGGCAUUUAAGUAACUGUAAUUAUGCUUUGCCAUUAGCAGACCAUUAAGAUAAACAGGAGAAAGUUCACACCUCCUGCUAUUUUGUUCCCUAAGAAUAUUCACAAAGAUAAUACCAGGCUAGUUGGUGGGUUAUCUUCUCCAUUAGGAGGGUUAAUGUUUAAAUUUGUUAAUUAAAAUACAAAAAAUUUGGUUUCCUACACAGCCAACAAUGUGAGGGAAGUCUCAUGGGGACAUCCUGACUCAUUGAAAUUUACCUUUUGUUACUUUAUCCUGUGGCAUUAUCCCCUGGAGUCAUAUGGGGUUUCAAGACUAUUAAUGUUGCAGGGAAUGUGAAUAUGUUAGAAGUCUGGACUUUCUUCUCCCUUAUCAUGGGUGACUGGCAUACACACUCCUCAUAAAGAGAAAUUAUGGCUCAUCAAAAGAGUGACUUUAUGAGCAUUAAUAGAAUAAUAAAUCUUGCAUUUUUAGUUCAAGAAACAGUGAAGUCUUAUAAUCAGAAUGACCAAUGCAAGUAUGAUCCAUUCACUUGCCCAACUCUCAACAGGAUACGGAUAGUCUAUAAAUCAUUUUAGUUUUUAAAACCUCAAAAAAGGAAGGCACCCAAAUCUCUCAAAGGAAAGUGUUUAUGGGGGGAAAGGGACUUCUAGCAAACCUGCAGGAAGAGAUCUUGGAAAAACGAACAGUCGGUCCAGAAGCUGAAUUAGAUAGAAUUUCCACCGAAGCAAGAAUGGAUAGAUGUUCUAAUGUCGUUGUUUCAAUAUUUAUGUUCUAUCAUUUAAAAAGAGAAAAGUCUUCCUGCUUCCUGAAAGCUAUAAAAAAAAGAAAAAUCCAGUUGAUAGCCCCAUUUUCUAAAUUCCAGCUGGAAAACUGUUCGAGUUGAUGAUUUUAGCAAAAGGAAGAGUAGGUGAAUACAAUGUGGCUUUUUAACCACAUUUUACACAUCUCUUAACUUGGUGGUAUUUCCCUAUGUAAAACUUCCUUUCUAUGCAAUGCAAUGUAAUCUUUUUACUAAUUGAGUUUGUGAUUUUUUAAUGAGUUAUCUAUUUUGAGAUCUUUACUCUUGUUGGAAAUUACUCAAUCUUCAAAAAAUUUUUCUCAAAACUUCAGACUGGAUAAUUGUGGACGCUCCAAAUAUCAAAAAAGUGAAGUCACUAGCACACCUUCUUUCUAAUCUCUUCCAGAAGAAUCAAUAUAUUGUCAUAAACCCAUAUUUAAACAUAUAUAACUAGGUAACCAGUGUCCAUGCCUAGGGAAAAGUGACUAACAGAAGACAAAGGGGGAUGAUUCAUGAUUCUGAACAGCUCUCAAAGGAAGAGACAUUGCAAUAACUUAUAUUAAACUUACUCCAUAUGAAUCUUUGUAUAUAUGCCUUUGGAUAUCAAAGAUAUUUCAAUAGUGAUAUUCUAAAAUUCAAAAGAAAGUCUUUCUUCCAUAGGUAGUAGUUAAAUUUACAGUUCUAUCAAACUAGUUAUUGUAAUAUGUAAUGUGUAAUUUCAUUCGAUCAUUGAGUGUUUAGCAUCUGUAUUAUGCCAUUCUCAGAACUGAGUACUAGGGAUACAAAGAUGAAUAACUGAAAUGAGUCAAAUUUUUGAUGCAUGAUCUACUUCAUGAACCACUAGCUUCAAUAUCACAUUACUUGGAUAUAAAACUUCAGAUUUUUUACUCAAAAGCAAUACCAGGAUUUGGCCUAUGAUGAAACUGUAAUUAAUUUGAAUAUUUCUGUUCUCACAAUGAAGUUAUUAAGGAGUAAUAUUUUGUCAAAACUUUUGGAGUUCGUUGUAAAGCCAAUGUGUUGGCUUAAUUCACAAUUUAACAUGAAAUUCUUCCUCAAA